AUGACUACGUUAAAACGAAAGCGGUUGUCACUUCGCGAAAAAGUUGAAGUUUUAGAUUACCGUAAAAACAACGGAAAAGUAGGAAUUCGUGCACUCGCAGAAAAGUUUCAAGUUGAAAAAACACAGAUCCAAGACUCAGGAAAAAAAUUUAUCGGUUUCCGGACCAACAAUACAGAAAAGGCUAAACAACUUGAUGAAGUUCACGGAUUAAAUGACUUUAAAGCUUCAAACGGGUGGCGUGAAAAAUUUCGAAGAAGGCAUGACAUUUCGUUUAAAUCUAUCUGUGGGGUAGCUUCAGCCGUUGAUAGAAUAGCUAUUGAGAACUGGAAGAAAAAAUUGCCAAACAUAAUCGACAAAUAUGAAAAGCGAGACAUCUUCAAUGCAGACGAGACUGGGAUUUUGUUUAGAGUUCUACCCAAUAAAACUAUGGCAUUUAAGAAUGAAACGCGCCGCGGUAGAAAAGUUUCAAAAGAACUGUUGACUGUGCUAUUGUGUUGUAAUAUGAUAGGUGAGUUUGAACGUCCUCUCAUCACAGGUAAGGAAAAACGACCUCGAGCUUUCAAAAAAUUAGACGUAAAUAAAUUUCCCGUUGACUGGUGUUAG